AAAACGGUUGAAAUUGACAGCGCUGAAUUUCAUCAAGUGACAGAUCGAAGACAGGAUGGCAUCGAUGAAAAUUGCAUCUCGUGCUUAUUGCACCGCAACCGCCAGCAAAUUGGUCAAGCCCCCAUUGCAAGUAUUCGGUAUCGAUGGGCGUUAUGCGUGCGCCUUGUAUUCCGCCGCCACCAAAAUGAAGCAAUUGGAUGCCGUCGAAAAGGAUCUCUCCUCGUUGCAGACACAAUUCAAGUCUGACGUCAAGUUGCGCGACCAUUUGAUCAAUCCAACCAUCAAGCGUAGUCUCAUGGCAGCUGCCUUGAAGGAUGUUGCUACCAAGUCGAGCUGGAGCCAGGCUACGGGAAAUUUCUUGCAAUCCAUGGCUGAAAAUGGACGAUUGAACAAAAUCGAUCAAGUCAUUAAUGCAUUCAAAUUGAUCAUGGCGGCGCAUCGCGGUGAUGUUGUGUGCGAAGUUGUCUCUGCCAAGCCUUUGGAUGCCGCGCAAACGAAGCAAUUGGAGGGUGUCCUUAAGCAAUUCGUCAAGGCAAACGAGAACAUCAAGCUCUCAACAAAGGUCGAUCCCUCAUUGAUUGGCGGUCUCAUUGUCUCCGUCGGCGAUAAAUAUGUUGAUAUGAGUGUUGCUAGCAAAGUCAAGAAAUACAAGGAUCUUAUUUCGGCUGCCGCUUAAAGCUGCUCGCUAACAUUCACAAAAAAAAUUAUAAAAAAAAUUUCGGAACUAGAUAAGAUGUUUCUUGUAGCCCUUGUUGUUCAAAGUCAAGGGAAAAUGUCAUAAAAAAUAAAAAAUUUAAAAAAUCCCA